AUGGCUCCCCUUGACGUCGGAGAAAUCGUUGCUCAAGAAGACGGCAAACCUAAAAAAAAGCCUAUAAGUUGGCAAAAUCUUGGUGUAGGUGCCGCAUUGAACAUGUUUGAAGUCUCCACGCUUGGACAGCCUUUUGAGGUCACAAAAACUCAUCUUGCUGCAAAUAGGAAUGACGGGAUAUUGACCGCGGUAAAGAAAACUUAUAAACGUGGAGGCAUAUUUGGCUUUUAUCAGGGGUUAAUUCCGUGGGCGUGGAUAGAAGCUAGUACGAAAGGUGCAGUGCUGAUUUUUACUGCGAGCGAAAUUGAAUAUUAUGCGCGUGUAGCCGGUGCAUCCCCUUUCUUGUGCGGUAUUCUCGGUGGUAUGGGCGGUGGAUUAGCACAAGCGUACACUACAAUGGGUUUUUGUACAUUCAUGAAAACAGUAGAAGUAACGCGGCACAAAGCUCCCGCUGGUCAACACGUAUCGACAAUCAAGAUAGCCAGUGAUAUACUUAAAAAGGAAGGUAUUCGUGGUAUAAAUAAGGGAGUAAACGCAGUUGCCCUGAGACAAUGUACGAAUUGGGCUAGUCGCUUUGGAUUAACGAGACUUAGUGAGACGCUGAUUAGGCGAAUGCGAGAUGGUGAAGUUCAGGAUUUUUCAAAACCUUUGUCGCCAUUGCAAAAGAUUUUUUCGAGUGCUAUCGGUGGUGCAUUGUCUUGUUGGAAUCAGCCAAUUGAAGUUAUACGUGUAGAAAUGCAAUCACAAGUGAAAACUCCUGGUCGACCCGAGAACAUGACGAUUGUUACUUGCGCCAAAUACAUUUAUCAACAUAAUGGAAUAAAAGGAUUUUACCGUGGGGUAACGCCUAGAAUUGGGUUAGGCAUAUGGCAGACCGUUUGUAUGGUUUUUGGAGGCGAUGUCGUGAAG